AGGAUCAUCGCUUGACUCUAGUAAAAAUCUUGUGCUCAUGUCAUCUUGUAGAUCCGUCUGAGCAAGAGCGGUGUGGGGCCACUGAUGAGAGCUAGAAUCAUGAACAGGCAGAGGAGCUGGAUGAUCAGACAAUAGCAUGGCAAGGCUGCCUUGACGGUCACGACCAGUGCUAGCCGAGCAAUGCCUUGUCAUAUCAGACUCCUUUGCCCGCUCACUGACUGUCAGUCCGAGUAGCAGCGAGCAACCCGCCAGGCAGAAUUUCGAAGAAUCCGCAAACGCGCCAGUCGGCCGACGUCGACAGCGAACGAGCUGCAGGCCGCCGCUAGCUCGCUCCCUUGAGACACCACAAAGCCUAGCAUGAGCGACACAGAGGACGAUCAGAGGCCGGUCAGACUGCUCGAUAGCUUCACUGCACCCAAGGAGCUCCUCAACGAGUUCGCCGACGAGGAUGCAGAGCCGGAAGAGUUCUCAUCGGGCAAGUCGAGGCAGAUAGCAGCUCGGGAGUCAGACUACCAGCGCCGACGGUUCGAUCGAGAGGGUCCACAGGUACGAGCAGAUCCUUUUGCCCAGUCAGCUCAAGAUGGCGAACAAGUCGGUACUUCCUACGUCGACACGAUGCGUCAGGCCAAGCUGGAGAGGGAGGAGGAGCGAGUGAGGAGGGCGAUCGAAGAGAAGAAGAAUGAGCAGGCUGAUCAGAAUGGAGAGGACACGAAGAUGGCCAUCGAUGCUCCUGAUGCCACGCCUCGCAAGCGUAGGUGGGAUGUGGCAGAUGAGACGCCGAGACAGAUCACCCAGAAUGGCGAUGGUGAUACGACUCCACCGUCUGCAAGUCUCGCCCAGCAGGUCGACAACUGGUCCGCCUCGGGUCCCCAGGAUCAACCCGUCAAGAAGAAAAGAUCCAGAUGGGACGAGACGCCCGUACCUGGCUCCGAGACCGUCGCUGCUACACCCAAGCGAUCCAGAUGGGAUCAGACACCCGUCGGAGGUGACAUCGUCCCGCCUCCCAAGCCAAUGCCCUCCAUGCCCGUCGAGUUCGCAUUCACCGACAUUGACAAGCGAAACCGAUACCUAUCUGACGAGGAACUCAACACGAUGCUGCCUGCCGACGGCUAUGAGAUCGUACAGCCUCCUCCUGACUAUGCGCCUAUCCGUACGCCUGCUCGUAAGCUCAUCUCUGCACCCGAUGGCUCGGGCGGAUUUACCAUCAUGGAGGAUGGCAUCUCUGCUGCUGCAAUGGGCGUCGCGCCAGAGCUGCCGACGGAGAUCGAAGGCGUGGGCGCAUUGCAGUUCUUCAAGAAAGAAGAUGCGACCUACUUUGCAAAGAUCAUGGACGGAGAGGAUGAUCCCUCGUUGAGCGUCGAAGAACUCAAGGAGAGAAAGAUCAUGCGAUUGCUCCUCAAGAUCAAGAACGGUACUCCGCCCAUGCGCAAGUCUGCGCUUCGUCAGAUUACAGACAAAGCACGCGAGUUCGGUGCCGGACCACUGUUCGACAAGAUCUUGCCGCUCCUCAUGGAAAGAAGUCUGGAAGAUCAAGAGCGUCAUCUGCUCGUCAAAGUCAUCGAUCGGGUACUGUACAAGCUGGACGACCUCGUCAGGCCUUAUGUCCACAAGAUUCUCGUCGUCAUCGAGCCGCUUCUCAUCGAUGAAGACUACUAUGCUCGUGUCGAGGGCAGAGAGAUCAUCAGCAAUCUGUCCAAGGCGGCAGGUCUCGCUCACAUGAUUUCCACUAUGCGUCCCGAUAUCGAUCACGUAGACGAAUAUGUACGCAACACGACUGCUCGCGCUUUCUCUGUCGUCGCUUCCGCGCUCGGUAUCCCUUCACUCUUGCCCUUCCUCAAGGCGGUCUGCCGAUCGAAGAAGAGCUGGCAAGCGCGUCAUACAGGUAUCAAGAUUGUCCAACAGAUCGCAGUCAUGAUGGGGUGUGCCGUCUUGCCUCAGCUCAAGAGUCUUGUCGAUGCUAUCGCUCACGGUCUAGAAGACGAACAGCAAAAGGUCAGAACGAUGACGGCGCUGUCUAUUGCUGCUCUUGCAGAAGCUGCUGCGCCCUACGGUAUCGAAUCGUUCGAUAGCGUCCUCAAGCCGCUCUGGAUCGGUAUUCGCAAACAUCGCGGCAAGGGUCUUGCUGCUUUCCUAAAGGCGAUUGGCUUUAUCAUCCCUCUCAUGGAUGCCGAAUAUGCCAACUACUACACCCGAGAGGUCAUGGUCAUUCUGAUUCGAGAGUUCCAAUCACCCGACGAAGAGAUGAAGAAGAUCGUGCUCAAGGUGGUCAAGCAGUGCGCCAGCACAGAAGGCGUUCAACCUGCUUACGUCAAGGACGAGAUCCUGCCCGAAUUCUUCAAGAAUUUCUGGGUCAGACGUAUGGCGCUCGAUCGUCGCAACUAUAAGCAGGUCGUUGAGACCACCGUUGAGCUGUCCCAGAAGGCAGGCGUAGCAGAGAUCGUCGGCAGAAUCGUCAACGGCCUCAAAGACGAGAGCGAGCCAUUCCGCAAGAUGGUCAUGGAGACCAUCCAGCAAGUCGUGGCGAGUCUGGGCGCAUCCGAUAUCGACGAGCGUCUCGAGCGGCUGCUCAUCGAUGGACUGAUCUACGCGUUCCAGGAGCAGACCAUGGAGGACAAUGUCAUGCUCGAUGGGUUCGGCGAAGUCGUCAACGCUCUCGGUACUCGCGUGAAGCCUUACCUCACCCAGAUCGUGUCUGCUCUUCUCUGGCGACUGAAUAACAAGAGCUUCAAGGUCCGUCAACAGGCUGCAGAUCUGACAGCUAAGCUGGCAGUCGUGAUCAAGCUCUGCGGCGAAGACGAUCUGCUGUCCAAGCUCGGUGUCGUCCUCUUCGAACAGCUCGGUGAGGAAUACCCUGACACGCUCGGAAGUAUCAUUGCGGCAGAAGCAGCCAUCGCCAACGUCGUCGGUAUGACUCAGAUGAACCCGCCCGUCAAGGAUCUCCUGCCUCGCAUGACGCCCAUCCUGCGCAAUCGACACGAGAAAGUGCAAGAAGCUUCGAUCAAUCUGAUUGGUAGAAUAGCAGAUCGAGGUGCAGAGUUUGUCUCUGCCCGAGAAUGGAUGAGAAUCUGCUUUGAGCUACUCGAUCUGCUCAAGGCGCACAAGAAGUCCAUCCGACGUGCUGCUGUCAAUUCCUUUGGCUACAUCGCCAAAGCUAUCGGUCCACAGGACGUUUUGAGCGUGCUGCUCACUAACCUACGCGUGCAAGAACGACAGAGCCGAGUCUGCAGCACUGUCGCGAUUGCCAUUGUUGCAGAGACUUGCGGUCCUUUCACUUGCAUUCCCGCCAUCCUCAACGAGUAUCGCACGCCCGAGCUCAAUGUCAGGAACGGUUGUCUGAAGGCAAUGGCGUUCAUGUUCGAGUAUAUCGGCGAAAUGGGCAAAGACUACAUCCAUUCUGUGGUGACCUGCCUCGAAGAUGCGCUUACUGAUCGCGAUGCUGUCCAUCGCCAGACUGGCGCAGCGAUCGUCAAGCACCUCGCUCUCGGUACUGCCGGCUUGGGCUGCGAAGACGCUCAGCUUCAUCUGCUCAAUCUGAUCUGGCCCAACAUUUUUGAGACCUCGCCGCACGUCAUCGAGAAUAUGCUCGGCGCUGUCGAAGGCUUGACUGUCGGGCUCGGACCAGGUCUGCUCAUGAAUUACAUCUUGCAAGGCCUCUUCCACCCGGCAAGAAAGGUUCGCGAAGUCUAUUGGCGUGUAUACAAUAGUGCGUAUCUGACCCACCAAGAUGCCAUGAUUCCGUACUAUCCAUCGCUGCCUGAUCUGAGCGAUGGACGAAAUACUUACGAUCGCGACAUGCUUAUGGUCUGGGUUUGAUUUGACUUGUACUUGAGCAUGCAUUGACGUGACCUCGCGUCCAUAUCGGCAA